AUGCUACCUCGGCCUCUCAUAUUUGAAAUUAUCACAUAUCUUGACAUCCCAGAUCUUCUAUCCAUUUCUCUUGUUUCCCGAAAUUUGAAUAAAGCUGCAAACUCACCAUGUCUUUGAAAAAGAGAAUUUUUCAGAUAUUGGAUCCCAGCUUUAUGUGAUAAAAUCCCUCUCUUGCUUUACCAAGAUUUCAAUACCGUUGACUAUGUUAGCCCAGACUGGAAAGCCCUUUGCAUUAAAGGUUUUCAGCUUCGUAAAAAUUGAUUGAAACUUUCUGGAUUUGCCCUUUCUUCUCACGAAGCUCUUUUUCUAUACAAUGAGUUUACCAGCAACUUAAAGACCCCGAUUAUACCUUUUCCAGCAUUAAGAAGAGAUAUACAAAGUUUCCCCACGAUUUUGCAAGAUUUAUUAGGAAACCCAGAAGACCAAUUUGAAGGCGAUUUUGACUAUGAAGAAUAUACCAUAGCUUUUGCAAACUGUUUAAGAGAUAAACAAGACGAGCUUUUUACUGAAAUUGGAAGUAUUUCUGAUCUUAAUUUAUUAACAAGCUACCGAUGAAAUAUCGCUAAUUUUGAUUUCCCUGAAGAGCGGUUAAGUAUAGAAUCAACCUCUACCGAGUCUUCAGAAAAUUUGGCUGAGUUUUUUCCAAAAAAAUCAACAGUAAGCAUGAUUUUGAAUUUUUUUGAAACUAUUCAAAACACUUUAAAAUUUUUUUGUGAUGGGACUGCAGGAAUUAUAGCUGAAAGUGAAGAUGCUGCAUAUGAGUAUUGCAAUAGAUGGACUGAUUAUUGUGCUUCAAUGAAGACUAUUAAUGGACUAUUUCUUCCUUUGACAGAAAUGAUGAAUGAAAUUUAUGAAUCAAAAUUCCCUGACAGUCCGAAUUUUCCGAGGAUGAACCUGAUGAGAAUUAUGGCGGCUGUUUGAAGAAGGCAUGUUUUUGAAAAAAUAAAAGAAAAAAUUGUGGCGAGCUUGAUAAAAAAUGUGAAUUAUCAGAGAAAAAAGGUAUAUGAAGAGCAGAAUGCUGAACCAGAAGCUUGUGAUCUGAUAAAAAGUCUGAUUGAAGCAGUGAUGGACUUAAGCUUAAAUGAGCUCAAUGUCUAUUUUAAAAACCAUUCCCAAGUAAUCUUGGAUGGUCCAUAUUCCUUUCUUCACUCAGAGCUUAUUUUAGAGUCAAAAGAAUAUUACAAUUCAUUAACUUUGCCAGUCGAUACCCUUAUGAUUUUUUUUGAAAACGAGCAUAAUUUCUGUGCAGCGAUUUUACCUCAGUCUACAGUUUCUCAGCUAAAACUGCUUAAAUACAAAAAAAUCCAAUCAGAAAUCCUUAAAGUCUUAACCAUUGAGAUCAUUAAUUAUAUCCCUCAAUUAAAUCCAAUUGAAAUAAACAAAUUUCCUAGCACUUUAUCAUCUGGAAUAGGAGAGGCCCUUAUCCAGCUUGAUACAAGCCCAUCCAAAGUUGCAGAUUUUUUAUUGAACUGUGAACCCUCUUCUGAAAUUAUGCAGAAAUUCAUUGAAAUUCAACAGCUCAUAGAAGAUAAAUCUAAAAGUGAAGAAGACGAAGUUAUUGAAAGGAGAGCAAAUAUGUUAGGAGUCAGGUUUGACGCAUCACCCGAGGAAAUCAUGCUAUAUUCUUUUUCGAAAGAUUUUAAUUUUACUCAGAUGUCGGGUGUAUUAAAAGCUUUUUCAAUUAUUAAUUAG